CUCCACCACCUGUACAGACAGAGAAUCAUUUUCUUUGUUCCUGGGGAAAUUAAACAACACGACAUCUUGCAGAAGUUCAAAAGAACUCAACACCUGGAGGCUUCAAACCUGUUCUGCUGGUUCAGUGGGCCACAUUGCAAACACAUUGUAACCCCGAAUUAUUGUGUUUGUCCAUGAGAACAACAAUGGAGGACAGAAUGGACAGAGAAAGCAAUUUGAAUACAUGCAGUAGAAGCCUGGACUGGAAUCCACCUGUCAUGAGUUGUAAAGAGUUACCUCUAACCCUUGUGCUAUUUGGAAAUUCUACGUCAGUCCAGUCUGGACAAGACAACAUUCUGUUUGGAGAAAUACAGUUCAGUUCUCAUGCUAAAGAAGCAUCAAGGAUUGUUCCUGUUCAGAGGGAAAUAGCUGAGCGCAAUGUCAAUGUGAUCAAUUUGACUGGCUUACAUGAGGCUGAACUGUACCUGGAUUCUGCACAUUUUAUUGAUCAACUAGUGAAAGUAACUGCAAUCCAUGCCUUUGUCUUUGUUGUGCAACUGGGCCAGCUUACAGAUGGUGAUAAGCUGAGUCUUAACUGGCUUCAAAGAGUGUUUGCUGAUAAAGUUCUUCAGUUUGUGCUGAUUCUCUUCACCUAUGAGACAGAAGAAGAAUGUGGCUCUAUUAUAAAUGAUCUACAGAAAAACCCAGCUCUGAAGCAGCUGCUGGAGAAAUGUGGAGGACGAUACCACACCUGCAAUAAGAUGAUGAACAGCCAGUCAGAAAUGAGAGAACUGAUGAACACGAUUGAGUGUCUGAUUAAUGAAAAUCAACAGCAGUGCUACACUGGAGAGAUGUAUAACACAAAAUUAAGGCAAAACUAUCACAAGAGUGAAAUUGAAAGAGGAACAGCCACAAGCAAGAAAGAGAAUGCAGAGCGUUUCACAAGCAAGAAAGAGACACACAAGGAAAAAGUUUCUAUAGAAGAAACAGGAAUGGAAGCAGAAAAGGAAAUUAAUCAUCUUUUUGACAGACUUCAUCUUCAAUGCGGACAUCAUAAACUGAAAACUGCAGAUGUUCUUCAGUUAACUGCACAUUCAUUACAAUCCCAUGAGUCUUGUGCUGAGGAGAAGCUGAAUCAGACUUUCAUACAAAAACUACUUAUGAUGAACUAUAAUGCAAGAUACAUCAGUGUUGAGGAAGGCAAUAAACAGCAAAGGGACAAUGAUUCAUAUGAAGAAAUGGGUGAUAUUUUUAAUGUAAUGUCUUUUUAUAACAAAAGAACAAGUCAGUCCGAGCGAAUUCACCCGAUGGAUGUUCAGAUGGCUGCGUUUCAUUGUGCUGAUGGUUUCCUGAAACAGCUGAUGGUCACUAAACUGUCCCAGUGUCAGUUCGCUCUGCCUCUGCUUGUUCCUGAUCCAGAAACACAACAGAUUGAGUUUCCUCUCUGGACAUUCAGACAAAUCAACAAGAGCUGGAAGAUCAGAAACACCAACAAUGAAACCAUCAGUCAAACCCAGCCGAUCUACAAGGCACAAACUCCAAUGGUGUUUUUCUUCAGGUUUGGCUCCGUGUCUUCAUCCAAGUCUCAGCUGAUGAACAGUCUGAUCAAUGAGAAACACAACACGUUCUUCCACAGGAACUGCCCAGGCAGCAGCAGAUCCAGAGUCCUGAUGGAUGGAGUGGUGGAGAUCGCCUGGUUCUGCCCUUCUGGAACAAAUGAUGAUAAAUUCACUGACUGUGUGGCCUUCUGUAAUCUACAUGGAGAUGCAGGAGACCAUGAGAAACAGUGGAAGAUGCUCACUGAGAUGGCCUCAGUCAAUGUGCUUCUUCUACAGAAACUAGACAGAAAUGACAGACAUGCAGCAAUAAUUAAUAGCCUUUACAAAGACAGAAAGCCACUCAUUUGUCUUUUUGCUGAUAAUGAAUCUGCUGUAACUGAGCAUAUGAAAGGGAAAUUUCAGAUUGGAUUAAAAGACAGAAAUCAGGCAGAUAUCUCUAAAGAACUCAAAGGAGCUAUAAAUGAUUGUCUCUCAGAAUCAUCUCCUACUUUUAGACUUGAAUAUGUGUCCAAACACUCAGACAUCAGAGUAGAUGAGGAAGAAGAUGAAGACUGCAGGAGAGGAAGAGCAGCAGCACAGCAGAUGAUCAGUUUACUGGAGAAGAAAAAACUGACAGAAAUCAAAGAAUCAUUUCUGCCUCAUCAGGGGAAACUGUGGCAUCAGUGGAGUCAGAAGAACAAAGAACUACAUCGACUUCGAGGAGAUGAGUUAGAAAUGGACAUCAGUAGAAAACAAACAGACUUAAAGCUAAUUCGCCAACAGCAGCAUGAAUCUGACAUCAGUGAGUUUAUGGAGUUCUUCAUUAAACAAAUGAACUCAGAUAUCAGAAAUAAAAAUACAUAUUUUCUGAAAUGGCUUGAAAUCCUAUUGGAUGAUUAUAUUUCCGAUGACCUUUCUGCUCUACAACACAAAUAUGAUGAAAAGUGGUCAGCAGUCUUAAAAUUGAAAGAGAAUGAUGUUUAUGAAUCUGAACAACUCAAAGCUGAAGAAACUGAACUUGACAAAAUAUCUGAGGAUCUUCAAGGGGCAGCAUUUGGUCUGGAGCAUAUCAUGAGGGAGAUUGGUCAGAUCUAUGAAUCAUGUUCAUCUGUGAAGGAGAACAAGAAGGACCUGCCGGUUCACUUCUCUUCUAUCCCGGGUGUCGCAGCAGAGAUGAUGAUCUCUGGGUUUCCACUGGAGCUGAUGGAUGGAGAUGCUGCUCAUGUUCCUUUGGUCUGGAUCUCUGCUGUUUUUGAUCAACUCAUCCAGAAACUGGGAGACCAGACCAGAGUCUUUGUGCUGUCAGUUUUAGGGAUCCAGAGCUCUGGGAAAUCCACCAUGCUGAACGCCAUGUUUGGACUCCAGUUUGCCGUCAGUGCUGGCAGGUGCACCAGAGGAGCUUUCAUGCAGCUGGUCAAAGUGUCUGAGGAGAUGAAAACACAGAUGAACUCUGACUAUAUUCUGGUUGUUGAUACUGAGGGUCUUCGUGCUCUAGAACUGGCUGGAAGGUCAACAAGACAUCAUGACAAUGAAUUGGCCACGUUUGUUGUUGGUUUUGCAAAUUUGACACUGAUCAACAUCUUUGGAGAAAACCCAUCUGAGAUGCAGGACGUUCUUCAGAUUAUUGUUCAGGCCUUCCUGAGGAUGAAGAAGGUCAGACUGAAUCCAAGUUGUGUAUUUGUGCAUCAGAACAUUUCAGACAUCACAGCUGGAGAGAAAAAUAAAGAGGGUAGGAGACGACUGCUUGAAACACUUGAUAGGAUGACAAAACUUGCUGCUGAAGAGGAAGUCUAUGAUGCAGAACGUUUCAGUGAUGUCAUUAGAUUUGAUGUUCAGAAAGAUGUGAAGUAUUUUGCUCAGCUCUGGGAAGGCAGUCCACCAAUGGCUCCACCAAACCCAAAGUACUGUGAGAAUAUUCAAGAACUAAAGGAAACAAUAGUUUUUCAUGCCUCAAAAUCAGAUGGAAUGACAUUGAAAGAUUUAAAAGAUCGUAUUAAAGAUCUCUGGGAGGCUUUAGUUAAGGAACGUUUUGUCUUCAGCUUCAGAAAUUCCCUGGAGAUUUCAGCCUAUAGGAAACUAGAGAACGAAUACAGCAAGUGGUCCUGGAGUCUUCGCAGUGCCAUGUUGGAAAUUGAGAACAAACUAAACAAUCAAAUAGAAAAUGAAGCUAUUCAUAAGGUUGAGGAAUCUGAUUUACACAGCGAACUGAAAAAGACAAGUGAAGAAGUAACAAAAUCUGUGGAAGAGUUUUUUGAGAAAGACAAAGAUGCUGGAAUAUUAAUUAACUGGAAAACCUCAUUUAACAUCAAAGUCAUGGAUGUUCAGGAGAACAUUGUGAGAGAAACAAAGAGAAAACUAAAUGACAUUCUUCAGCAAAGGGACAUGAAGAAAAAGAUUGAUGCUCAGAGGACACAUCAUGAAAACACUCUCUAUGAAAAGAGCAAAGAACUUGCCUUAAAACUCAAAGAUAAAGCCAACAAUGAUGAUACACUGAAAGCAGAAUUUGAUUCAUUUUGGAAACAAUGCAUGAACAAGAUCACCACAGAUAUUCAACCUUCUGUCAAAAAUGUUGAGAUACUAACCGAUGUAAAGCGACUUCUCACUGAUGUAUAUCAGGGGUGUCUUCCUGUAGACCACUUGGAAAAGGGUACUGAGUACAACAAAAUCUUUACAGUGACAAGUUAUUCUCAAUAUGUUGUUUUCAAAAGGUCCACAAAAAGAGAGCGUACAGAGGCUGGAAAGGAUACUAGCAGAACAGAGAAAGAAUACCGUCAAACUCUGUCUACAGAGAAUGAAAUUAAUAUAAAAAGCUUUGUCAAUGAUGUCUUUCAGGAGUCGAGCAAAAUUAUAGAGUCAUUUAAUAUUUCAAAGAUGGGCUACAACAUUAGCUACAUUCAACAACUUAUUGAUCACAUCAAGGCAAGAGUAACAAAAUACCAAGAAAUAUCAGUGAAAUAUGUGUUCAAGAAUGAAUUCUUUGUGGAUUUGGUCUGUUGUAUCUGCCAGAGAGCAAGCAAGAUGAUAACGGACCAACACAAACUGUUCAGAGAUGCCAAUGAUCCUCUUCUCUACUUGGAGAGAAAAAGAGUGGAAUACUAUAGUAUUUUCCAGAAAUACUGUAAUGGAGCUGCAUCAGCUGCUAUUUUUGGUCACAUCAUCUGUCAGAAACUGAAGGAGCCCAUAGAGCAGAGCAUCUACAAGAAAACUGCCAGAGAUCUGACAGAUGAAAUGAGAUCAAACUGUGAAUCACUGAGUGGAAACAGAUCAAAUCUGGAGAAACACAUCCUGAAGACACUGGCAGAAGAGGAGGACUUUGACAAAUACAUGAACUACAUUCAUAAUCCCAAAGAUCACUUCAAGAGUUUCAUCAGAGAUGAAGUCAGUCGCUACAUCAGAGAUAAGUUCAGCAUCAGUGUUUUACCCAAGAUGAAGGAGAACAGUAAACUCCUGCAGCAGAAGAUCAUGAAAGCAGCACAUGUAUCUACUGAACAUGUUCAAGUCAACAGUGGAGAUGUUGGUUUGUGGUUGAAGAGUUUCACACAACAGCUCUCAGAUCAGCUGAUCUUCUCUGAAAAAGACCUCAGUGGAGUCAAACAUGAUGAUGUUGAUGAUUUCAGACUCCUAGAAGAUGUGAUCAGACAAGAGCUUACUGCUGUAAUGUCAGACAUCAGCUGGAGAUUCAACACAGACACAUUUCCAAUAAAGCUGGACUAUAAGCUCAGGCCAGAUGAGCUUCUGAUUGAUCACUUCUGUCAGUGCUGUUGGGUUCAGUGUCCGUUCUGUCUGGCCAUCUGCACAAACACCAUAGAGGACCAUCAUGAAGAUCAUAGUGUUUCGUUCCACCGUGUAAUUGGUCUAAAUGGAAUACACCACUGGAAUACCUCCUUCUUGUCUGCCCAUAUCUGCACAUCAGCAGUAGUGAAUAGCAAUCUUCAUUUUUGUCCUGAUGAAACGCGUAAAGUUCUCUGGAGAGAUUACAGAACAGCAGGAGAUAUUUAUGAAAAGUGGAGCAUCACCUCUGAUCUCUCUGAACUGCCCUACUGGAAGUGGUUUGUGUGCAGAUUCCAGAAAGAUCUGGAAAAAUACUAUGAUAAAACAUUUGAGGGGAGAGGUAAGAUCCCAGACACAUGGAGAAUUUACUCACAACAGGAGGCAUUUGACAGUUUGGAUAAAUACAUUUAAACAAAUGAGUUUCUUUUUGAGUCUUUGCAAAUCACAGAAAACCAUUUUAGGUCAUUAGAACAGUUUUAGGUUGCUGUUUGAUUUAAGUAAAUCUGAAAUCAGCUCAGGUAAUCAACUGCAGUUAACAAUAAAAUAUAUCAGAAUUUGAUAAAAAGAAAAGAGUUCUGUUUUAAAGGCAGGAUUGGUAAAUAUUGGUUCAAACAUAACAUGGUUUGAAAGUCUCUUUAUAUAGGUUGUCCUACCUGUCUGUUCAAAUAUAUAUUGCAUAUUUAUUGGCACUCUGUUUAUGAAGACAGGAUACGUCAUCAGUGAGCAGAGUGCAACAAAUCAAACAUUCCUUGGUGUACUCACACUUGGUGAUCUGAACAGCUAAAGGAGGAUCAGCUAGUUUGACUAUUGUGAUUGAUACAUGUAUGUUUAUAUUUUUCUGGCUUAAGAUACUGUAUAAACCCUAGUAGUAAAGAAAAGACCCACAUUUUACAAGUAUAACUACUUAGGUACCGGUAUCCUUUAAUAUUCUAAAUUAAAUUCCAUGUGUUUGGUCCAGGGGUUUUCUUGUAUUAUGUGACAAUACUUCUACUGGCUUUGUAACAUGUUUUGGUUGUCUUGAUAUUAGUAGGGAUGGCUGACAAGAAACUGAUGCUUGGAGAGGGUGUCAACAUCCCAAAGUGCAGAUGUUUCGAAACACUGCUCUAGAGCAUUUUAAAAUAUCCAGGUCACAUGACUAAAGCAAUUUAAAGGAUUGGUCAUUUCACAAGUGUUUUGAGACCUGGCAUAUCUGACAAAUCUGCUUUUGAUAGACAGGGUCAGAAACAAUACCACUAUCGCACAUAGCCUAGGUGUCUUUAUGGGCAUAGUGCAACUGCACUGUGAACAUCUCGAGUUUGAGUGCCAGCUUGUACAGAAAUUGUGAUUUGAUGUCUUUAAUUAAUGUCUAAGAAAAAAACAACACAUAUUUAUUUACAAAGAGCUCAUUCGAAAGUCACACCAAUAAUAAAACAAAACACAUGACAAGAACAAAGCAAUAAACACCCAAACUUUAAAUGACUUUGUUUGCUUCACCGGGAUUCAAACCCUACAUGUCUGCAUGUCAGUCAGGAACACUAACCACUUCUCUAAAUCACUUAACAGUUCAGCCAUACAGUGUAAGACGUAACUUCUCAAUUCACAUAACAGUUUCUUUGAAGUUGUUUCAAAACAAUACCUAUGAAUAAUGACUAAGCUCACUGUAGAGACGUGUUUUCAAAGCCUCCACACAUUUGCUUUGACUAUUUCAGUGUUUCACAAAGCCAUGCUCUGCCCACCACUAGCUGCCAGGUCUUUUAUUUUUGUAGUUUCAUGGUGUCUUCCUGUUUCCUUCCUUGUUUCAUGUAUCUAGCUCCCAUCGGUUGUUUCAUGUUACAUGUUUGAUAUAUAUAACCCCAAUGUUCUCUGUCAAGUUUUGUUUGUGUAAUCCUGCUGUUAGUGAAUUAGAUUUUUGUUUUGUUAUGCUAUGCCAUACCAUGUGUUAUGUUAAAUGUUUGCUACUUCAUUAAAUCUGUACUUGGGUUCUUAAAA